UUUGUUUGAAAUAAUAGUUUUCCCAAAAAAAAAAUCCAAAAUCAAAGCAAAGGAAAAAUAAGAGUGAAGAAACAGAAAUGGCUAGCCUCGCCGUCGUCGGACACUACCUCCGUCGAUCAAUUCCUCAAGUCUCAGCUCAACUAAAUCACAGCAGCACUAAUUGUUUCUAUACGUGUUAUAGAGCUCGGUUGUUCAGUUGCAGCACUGACUCGUCUCGGACUGAAUUCCCCGGGGAGAACGCGUACGAUCUCUUAGGAGUUUCUGAGAACAGCUCAUUCGCUGAAAUCAAAGAUUCUUUCCGUAAAUUGGCUAAAGAAACUCACCCGGACCUCGCCGAUUCGAAGACCGAUUCCACUGCUUCUCAUCGUUUUGUUCGAAUUCUUGCGGCGUAUGAGAUUCUUUCAAAUUCUGAGAAGAGGGCGCAUUAUGACAGCUAUCUGUUCUCUCAGAGAAGGAUUAUGCAGAAAUAUUCGGGACAAGGAACAAGAUUAUCCAUGUAUAAAUCCCAUGUUACAACAUUUAAACAGAUGGAAGUUGUGGAAUGGUUAAAGUGGUAUAGAUUUGCUAUUAGUGAUAUAGUGUCAGAGAAAAAGGUGGUUGUUGGAACGGGCUAUUUUGACUUACUUGAAAGGGAUUUUUAUUCAGCCAUACAUGCGGCAUACUACGGCCCUGUAAUUGAGUCAAUGGAUCUUCUUCCUGACUGCUUUGAAGCUGAGGAGAGGUCUGCUUAUGAAACUCACGAGGUUCUGCACCUGGUUUCAGGGCGUGAUCUUUUUGGGAUGGUUUGCUUGAUCAAUGAGGUUCCUGCAUUAUCUUUUUCCAGGAAUGAAAAAUUAACUUCAUUUUCAUCUAUAGAUUCAGGCGUCUGCCCUAACAUUGAGGAUACUAGCAUCCACAUGAGCUCUGAUGGUGUGGAUGAGUUUCGAACUCCUUUGACACAAUCUCAAAAUAUUACAGAUCACACAUCAGAUGCAUAUAAAGAUCUAGAAUUGCAUAUAUCUGGAAGGGUGGUUGCUGUGGCCACUCGAGUCCCUCCUAAAAGCCAUUGCAAUGGGAUGCAGAAUGAAGAUGCUCAAGAUCAUAUAUAUGUAUUUCUUAGUUCACAUGAAGAUCCAUCCAUGCAUGUUAGUGAACAAUCUUCUAUGGAUCAGUCUUCUGGUGGUGAAGUUGGAUCAAGGAUUCCACUGGGAACUAUAACUGGACUAGGGACUAGCCCAGAGGAAGGGUCGUGCUUUGUCUAUGACAGCAGUGGCACAAAAACCCAUGUGAUUAUGAAGCAUAGAACAUUGCUGGUGAAGCAUAUGCAUUGGUAUGGUGUGGGAGAAGAAGUUUCUGUCUGUGAAUGUCGAUGCAGUAGAGCCUGUUUACCUCCAAGCAAAUUUUGGCUUUUCGAGCCUCGCUGUGGCAUACAUGACAUUGGUGGUUGGUAUGUAGAAACAUUUGGCAGAGAUAAGAAAGGCCGGACAGUCCCAUCGCAGAGGUAUUGGGAUGGCUUUGAUGCAAGUGAAGAAUGUAGCAAGAGACUCCAUCCAGCAAUGUAUUUGCUUGCUAUUGCAUAUAGAACUCUAGAUCUUGAAGAUGUGAAAAGAAAGAAACGAACAGUGAGGGAUGUCAUUGAAGGACAGCUGUUUAGAGUUCUCAGUUGGUGCAAGAAAAUUGCCUAGGAUGGAUACCAUGUGGGCUUCUGACACUGUAAUUGCUUCUUUAUGAAAUGAAAGAAUCAUAAAUUGAAUUUAGGAUCCAUAUUCACUUACACAAGAUGUUCAGAAAGCCAAGUUGCACCGGCAUCUAUUUAAUGCAAAAGCAAAAAUCCCUGUAUUGGUCUUAACAAAAUUAACUAUCGGGAGUUAUGAUAUUAUCGAAGAACGACUUUCCACUGUUUCCGAACAUCACUAGAAAGGACUUUCUCACGCUAUAAACGGUUCAGAUCUGUUGAUUUUGCUUUGUAUAUAUUUGAUCCUACAAAAGCUAAGUUACAGUGGUAUUAUCUCUGCAGAGUGUAUCAUCUUGUCUGUAUUCUGUAUUCAUGAGGAUGAUAUUUGCGAUAUGCAGAGGAAAUUGUCUUUUUUGGU